CCCCCCAGCCCUGACGGUGCCCCCCAACCUCUGCUCCGAUGGCCAGAGCGGCUGCGAGCUGGAGAAGACCCUCACCCACCUCUUCGGGAUGGUGCGGGGGAGGGGCGACCCCCGCCUCAUCCUGCAGGAGCUGCUGGCUGUCCUGGACGUGGCGGUUGGGGAGGGGGUCGAGGCCGACCCCCGGCGUCACCGAAGGGCCACCGCGCUGCUGGCGGCCACCGAGGGGGGUGCUGCGGGGGGUGGGGACCCUCCUGCCCCCCCCCCACCCACACCGCCCUCGCCUCCAACAGCACCGAGCUGCACCUGACCGUGCACCAGGGCCCCCCCCCCGGCCCCGUCCACCUGCAGGUCCCCGGGGUGGAGCUGGACGUCCCUGGGGAGGUGGCCCUCGACAGCGACACUGGCCUGGCGCUGGUGGCCCUGCUGUCCCAGAAGAAGCUGAACCGGCUGCUGGAGGGGGUCCCCAAAAUGGAGUUGGGGGGCUCGGAGGCGCCCCCCCCGGCCAGGACCCCCAUCUCGUACCACCUCCUGUCCCCCGUGGCCACCGCCUUGGUCACGCGCCCGCGGCCCCCCGGCCCCCCCGAGGUCACCCUGCGCUUCCAGCACCAGCCCCCGCCCCAGAGGAGGGGCCGGGUGCUCUGCGCCUUCUGGCACCCUGAGAAGCAGCUCUGGGCCACCGAGGGGUGUCGCAAGGUGCCCCCCGCCCCCGGGACCCCCCCGGACCCCAAACGCACCACCUGCGCCUGCAACCACCUCACCAGCUUCGCCGUCCUCAUGGCCUUCCACGAGCUUGAGGAGGACUGGCUGCUGGACGUGGUGACAAAGGUGGGGCUGGGGGUGUCGGUCGUGUCCCUGGGGGCAGCCGUCGCCACCUUCCUCUGCUGCCGGGCGCUGAAGGGGCUUCGCACGACGCUGCACCUGCACCUGAGCCUCAGCCUGCUGGUGGCCCACGGCACCUUCCUGCUGGGCAUCGAGCGCACCCAGCACGAGGCGGCGUGCGCGGUGGUGGCGGGGGUGCUGCACUUCUCCUUCCUGGCGGUUUUCUGCUGGAUGGGCCUGGAGGGGCUGCACCUCUACGUGCUCCUCGUGCGAGUCUUCGUGCCCUCGUGGCUGCGCGUGCGACACCUCCUCCUGGCCGGCUACGGGCUGCCCGCCCUCCUGGUCACCAUCGCCGCCGCCGCCUUCCCCAAGGGCUACGGCACGGACCGCUACUGCUGGCUCUCCCUGGAGCGCGGUUUCCGCUGGAGCUUCCAGGGACCCGUCUGCCUCGUCGUGGCGCUCAACGCCGCCGUCCUGGUCGUCACCGUCUGGAAGUUGGUGCAGAAAUUCGGCGACGUCAACCCUGACAUGGGGCACCUGCGGAAGAUGAGGGUGCUGGCGGCCACGGCCGUGGGGCAGCUGUGCCUGCUGGGGACGGGCUGGGCGCUGGGGCUGGGGCUGGGGCUGGGGCUGCCCCGCCCGGGCGGGUCCACGUGGCCCCUCGCCUUCCUCUUCUGCGCCUUCAACGCGGCCCAGGGGCUCUUCAUCUUCCUCUGCCACUGCCUGGCCCACCCGCAGGUGCGUGACGCCUACCGGGCCUGCUUCUGCCCCGGCACCAAGCCCUACUCCGAGUUCACCAGUAACACCAGUAACACGCGGCUCUCCCACCAGCACAUUUACACAUAGUCGUGCGAAGCCCUCGCACGAGGAUUUGGGGGGGGGCACCCCCCAGACCCUCUGCAGCGCCUUCACCUGCUUUGGCCGCCCCCACCCAUGGGUGCCCCCCACCCCGGGGGGGGAGGGGGCUCGUUUUGCCCCGCCCCGGGGGGGGAGGGGUUUAGUCACGCCAUAAUUAAAGUUUUCACAGGA